AACGCUUCUGCGAAUGCGGCGAAUUAAGAAUUGUCUCCAUAAUGGUCUCAUCUAUCAUUAAAAUGCUGAUGCGAACAAAUAAUCUCCAAAAUCUGUCUCUAUUGAUUUCUAGAGACGAGCCAGAUCUUCCGGAAUCAUCCAUUUUCUCUUCAAGUCAGCCAGGAUUAUCUAAUCUACCCUCUUUUCACCUUGUAUUAAAGGAUACACCAAUAAAAGUAAACAUUCGUGAAUUUAUCGAUAAAUUACCAGAGUUAUGUUCGAACCUCCGAGAAAUUGCCUUCGAUUUUUCCGACAAUGAUACUGAUGAUGAAACUACAUCAUCAUUAACUAGCAUUAUUAGUGCACAAAAAUAUCUAUCUACUUUUAGUUUAAGAUGUCGGACUGCUAGUGCUCAAAGAUAUAUCAACGAGCUAAGAUCUCGGAGAGAAUUGAAACAACUAUAUUUGAAUGAAAUUGAUUUUUCAAGGAUUUCGAUAAAUUCUUUGAAUG